AUGCCGGAACCUACACGAUUGGAUUUUGCGAAGCUGACCGAACUUCUAAAAUCGCGCGUUCUGCUUCGCGUCCGUCCGGACGAAAAGUUGCUGCUGCGUCGAGCCUCGAGGGUAUUCCGCGAAGAGGUGCUUCAUCACUUUUUGAUGCGGACCCGGCUGAAAUUCGUCGCGACCCGUGGACCGUGCCGCAAUAUGACUUCCAAGGGGCCGGGCAGCAUCUUUGUCUUGCAUACUAACGGCAUCGUCAUUUAUCUCUGGAAUCCAACGCUGCCGAUGACAUUUAAGUGGAUGAAAAGCAGUGAUUCAAACCCGGCGAUUGGCGAUGAUGAAUGGGAAUUCACGAGAAAGAUGGGCAGCGCGAAAGCUGAAUGUGAAUUUCUGAAUCGAUUGCUGGUGACGUUGCCACAGCACGAUGUCUCUUUCAGCUGCCACGGCGAUGAUGGGCCGGUUGUCGUCUUGCUCGGUGGAUGGAACAUUCUGCCAGCUGUUCCACAAGCCAGGGCGAAUUAUUGUGCAGUGUUCGAGCAGAUUGCCCACAUUCCGAGAAUUUCCUUUGGUCUGGACUCCGGUUUCAACAAUUUCUGGGUGCUGGCCUUGGAAGUGGCCACACUGAUCCUCGAAGCCGCUUUGGUUACGUAUCGUCCCAUCGGGGGUAAAGCGCGAAUCAUGACAAUUGGGAUCGAUGCCAUGCUGAAACACGAUCAACAGCCAGCUGAAUACCGUCUCACCGAUGCACUGCGAAAUCUGCUCGAAAACAGCGUCAGCACCGCGGACGAGCUACUUAGCGGUCUUCUACGCCCGCCUGGCAAGGCGAUUACCGACAGAUUCGACAUUGUUCUCGCACAGAAUUGCGAGCCCGGCAACAUAGAGCUUCGACGAGCGAAGAAGUGUCUAGAUAGGUACGAUUGCGUGGAGAAAUGGCCGAAAGAAGAAGAAACCGGGAUUUCACCA